CACUUAUUAAGAAACAUUCCCGUUAUCGUCACUUUUAUUUCAGAAAUCUCCCUCUGUUGUAACAUGUGACGAAAAAUAACUUUAUUUUUCUCGCUGGUUAUUUGUCGAAAUGACCUUAACCCUCAUUAUCACUAUUACCAAUUGAAAGCUGCCCAGGGGGUCCGUGGGUUAUCGCUCAUCGUUUUCUUAUUGGUCCUCACACCAAGUGACGCUUUGAAAACAUUUCAAAAGUGAUUGCAACCACCAAAAGCAAGUCCAUUUUCCACCAUCAUGUCAAAGAACGUGCUUGUUAUUGGAAGCGGUGGUCGCGAACACGCAAUCACUUGGAAAAUCUCGCAGAGCCCCCUUGUUAGGAGCAUUUAUGCCGCCCCUGGAAGUUACGCCAUUCAACAGGUGGCUAAAACACAGAACAUCGACCUCAAUGUCAAGGAUUUCAAGGUUAUUUCGAAAUUUUGCAAGGAGAAUAGUGUCUCGUUGGUGGUUGUGGGUCCGGAAGACCCACUUGCGAACGGUAUUGCGGACGCUUUGACCCAUGAUGGUAUCCCGGUUUUUGGGCCAUCUAAAGCCGGCGCGAGGAUUGAGUAUGAUAAAGACUGGGCGAAGGCUUUUAUGGACAAACAUGGGAUUCCCACUGCCCGCUGGAAGUCGUUCAAAAACGGAAACGAAGCCAAAAAAUUCAUAAAUAGUGCCGAGUUUCCCGCGCUUGUGGUCAAGGCUAGUGGUUUGGCGGCCGGGAAAGGGGUGGUAGUCGCCGCCUCCAAACAAGAGGCUUGCGCCGCCGUUGACGAAAUCCAAGCCAAAUUUGGGGACAUUGUCGUCAUUGAGGAGCUCCUCACCGGUGAAGAAGUCUCAGUUUUGGCUUUCUGUGAUGGCAACACUGUCAAGCCAAUGUUGCCAGCGCAAGACCACAAACGCAUUUUCGACAAUGACAAGGGCCCCAAUACGGGAGGAAUGGGGGCUUACUGUCCCUGUCCUCUUCUCGCCUCCUCCCAACUCGAUUUUGUCAAGAAAAAUGUCCUUCAACGGGCUGUUGAAGGCUUCAAAAAGGACAAAAUCAAGUUUGUUGGGGUGCUUUAUGCCGGCUUGAUGCUCACACCUCAUGGUGUUAAAGUCCUCGAAUUUAAUUGUCGAUUUGGGGACCCGGAAACGGAAGUAAUACUUCCGUUACUUGAUUCUGAUUUGUAUACAGUGAUGAGCGAAUGUUGUAACGGUAAUUUAGAUAAGAUUGAUCUUUGUUGGAAGAGUGGCCUUCAUGCAGUUGGCGUUGUAAUGGCAUCUCGGGGAUACCCCGAAACGUCAAGUAAAGGUCAGGUGAUUACUAGGAUCGAUGAGGUUAAUGUACGAACCAAUCACGUCGUGUUUCAUUGUGGCACCGCCCUUAGAGAUAAAUUGGUGACCAAUGGCGGACGAGUAUUAAUAGCUGUGGUCUUAGCCCCACAAUUAGCCUUAGCAGCAGCACAAGCAACUAAGGCUUGUGACGUCAUACAGUUCGAGGGUAAACAAUUCAGACGCGAUAUAGCCCAGAAAGGGAUUUCACGGGCGAUUCUAGACAGCGGCAAACUCACGUAUAAAGCCAGCGGGGUUGAUAUAACAGCCGGGAAUGACUUAGUUUCGCAUAUCAAACCCCUAGCCAAGUCUACCAACCGUUCUGGGGUUAUGGGGAGUUUGGGGGGUUUUGGUGGCUUGUUUGAUACCAAAGCGGCAGGAUAUAAAGACCCAUUGCUAGUCUCAGGGACUGAUGGUGUUGGGACUAAACUCAAAAUUGCCCAAGAAAUGGGAAUUCAUGACACUAUUGGAAUUGAUUUAGUCGCAAUGUGUGUGAAUGAUGUGUUAGCUCAUGGGGCUGAGCCCUUAUUUUUCUUGGAUUAUUUCGCAUGUGGAAAUUUAGAUGUCAAGGUGGCCAAGGAGGUCGUCAGUGGGGUUGCCGAGGGGUGCAGACAAGCAGGAUGCUCCCUAAUAGGUGGCGAAACGGCCGAGAUGCCCGACAUGUACCCCCCUGGCGAGUACGACGUGGCCGGUUUCGCAGUCGGCGCCGUUGAACGCGACCAAUUAAUGCCCCGAAUCGCGUCCAUUCAAGCCGGUGACGUCAUUAUAGCCCUCCCAUCGUCGGGGGUCCACAGUAAUGGUUUCAGUCUAGUUCGCAAAAUCAUGAAAUUGGCGGGAGUGUCGUACCGUGACAGAGCCCCCUUUAGCAAAACCGGCAAAACUUUCGGCGAGGAACUAUUAACCCCGACAAAACUCUACGUGAAAAGUGUCAUUCCGGCUGUUAAAACAGGAAAAGUCAAGGCUUUCGCACACAUUACCGGAGGAGGCUUAACGGAAAAUAUUCCCCGGAUUUUACCGGAAAAUCUUGGAGUGGAAUUGGACGCGGAACAGUGGCAAAUACCCCAAGUGUUUGCAUGGCUGGCAACUGCAGGUGGUGUAAAUCAAGCUGAAAUGCUCCGGACUUUCAAUUGCGGAGUUGGGGGAAUUUUAAUUGUUGAUCCAAAAGACGAAACUGAAAUCACUAAAUUAGUGUCAUCACACGGAGCUGUCAAAAUCGGUCACGUGACUCAAAAAACCGAUGAUCAAGUCAUUGUUAAAAACUUCUCGAAAGUGAUGGAAAUUGGCAUGAAACCAUUUGUACCAAUUUUGGUGUCAAAAAUCGCAAAUAAGAUGCGUAUAGGUGUUUUAAUAUCGGGCAGUGGUACCAACCUACAGGCUCUAAUCGAUGGAACACAAACCGCUGAUCUUGGGGCCGAAAUAGUCCUAGUGAUUUCCAAUAAAGACAACGUUGAAGGGUUACGAAGGGCUGAAAGGGCCAACAUCCCCACUAAAGUCAUAAGUCACAAGGCGUACCCUAAUCGUGAAGACUUCGAUCGCGCCCUUCACAAUGAAUUAGUUUAUGCUGGAGUUGAAUUAAUCUGUCUUGCCGGUUUUAUGCGUAUUUUGACCGGGGAAUUCACCGCGAAAUGGAAGGGCAAACUGAUAAACAUCCAUCCGGCCCUUUUGCCCUUAUUCAAGGGCACACACGCACAGAAACAGGCCCUUGAAGCCGGCGUCCGGAUAAGCGGUUGUACGGUACAUUUCGUCGAGGAGGCGGUGGAUGGGGGCCACAUAAUUACACAAGAAGCUGUCCCUAUUGAACUGGACGAUACUGAAGAGACGUUGACUGAAAGAAUCAAAACAGCGGAACACAAAGCAUUCCCCAGAGCACUCGAAUGGGUGGCGAAAGGAAAAGUUAGGAUCGGUGAAGAUAAUAAAUUAGUUUGGAAGCUGUGAUUGUAUGACCUUUGAAAAAUGUAAAUAAACUUGUUUUACUUGA